CUUGAUCAUUUAUAAAAUCUUUUAGUUCUUAAGGAAUGGAACCAAUCUUACAAGGAAGAGGCAAAGCUGAAGCAAAGAAUCUCUUUGCUAUUUCAAAAGAUGGAGAGGACAGUCGAUGUUCAAGUUGCCAAAGAUCUCUUAGAAAAGGGUCACCUCUACUUGGAUGUCAGGACAGUUGAAGAGUAUAACAAAGGCCAUGUCGAGAAUGCACUAAAUGUUCCUUACAUGUUCUUAACCCCAGAAGGUCGAGUAAAGAAUCCCGACUUUCUAGCACAAGUUACAUCCAUAUUGAAGAAGGAAGAUCAUAUAGUAGUGGCUUGCAAUAGUGGUGGUAGAGGCCUUCGCGCUUGCGUCGAUCUUCUUAACGCGGGCUUCGAGCAUGUGAAUAACAUGGGAGGAGGCUACUCUGCUUGGGUUGAUAGUGGAUUUGCUGGUGAGAAACCACCUGAAGAACUCAAAAUAGCUUGCAAGUUCCGAGGUUGAGUCUUCGGAACAGACUACCAAACUCAUCUUCAUUUAUGCCAUCCUUUACAAAAUUUGAUCAUAAAUUCCAUAUUUCUGGAAGUUAGAGUACUUCCAAGGAGUUGUUAUAAGCUUGAACUCAGUGAAUAAUGUUUUAGUUCCUGUAUUUCUGAAGGUUUCACUGUCUGUUGUACAAAAGAAAAAGUUUCAGAAGUUCAAAUUUCUUCUUCUUUCGGCUCCA